AUGGGGGAAACUGAUGGCGACCGCAAACGCCCUGCCGAGGAUUCCGCACAGGCUGCGGAUGCCGCUGUGGAGACGGCGUCCAAGCAGACGGAGAGGCCCAGGAAGCGCAGGAGUGGCUGGGACGAUGUUGGGGAUGGCACGCAGGCACUGCCUGCAGCGCCGCCCACGAUCCCCAUGUCUGUGCCUCCUGGCGCAGCAGUGGUCGAGUUCAAGGUGGAUCAGGGCGUUGUGGGAUUCCUGAUUGGCAAGGGCGGCGAGACCUUGCGGAGUAUGGAAGUCAGCAGCACCGCGACCAUCAAGAUCGACCAGACCUCCAAGGAGAUGGGGUACAGCAUGGUCCGAAUCACGGGCUCUGAACAGGCGGUGGCCGUGGCCAAGGCGCUCUUGGACGGCCGCAUCAGCGAGAAACGCACGAACGUCCAGUCCAACCGCCGUGAGGUGCCCCACGACACGGGGAAUGGCGCCGUUGGUUGGGAGACGCAAAUCGAGCAGUCUGCCGUGGGGUUCUUCAUCGGCAAGCAGGGCGAGUACAUCAAGCGGAUACAGGCACAGACGGGUGCCACUGUGGUAAUCGACCAGGAGACGAAGGACUAUGGGUACAGCAUGAUCCGAAUCAUGGAUGGGCCAGGCUUGCGAGAAGCUUCGGAGAUGGUGAAAUACAGGUUGGAUCAGGUGAAGGAGGCAGCGGUGCAGCGCGCGCCUGCAGGUGAGUACGAGGAACUUUCAGUUCCUCAAGGCCAGGUGGGAGCAAUCAUCGGCCGUGGGGGUGAGACCUUGCGGCAGAUCAAAGCCGAGAGUGGUGCAAUCAUUGUGUUGAGCCAGGAGACCAAGGGACAAGGUUUUAGCACUGUCCGGUUUGCUGGAAGCCAAGAGGCGGUUGAGAAAGCAAAAGACUUGGUCCAGCAGAGACUGGCCGAGCGAGAGACAUGGGGAAACUGGGGAGGUGGUGGUGGUGGCUCUGCUGGUGUUCCUGCUGGUGGCAAUUGGGGCGGCAACUGGCAGUAUGGCAAAGGUGGUGACUUUGGCAGUGGCAUUAACCCCCCUCCGCCACCACAUGGCAAGGGCACCAAAGGAAACGACGGAACCUGGGGUGGACUCAGUGGACUUGGACUCAGUGACGACUGGGGCAAUUCAGGCUGUUCAGGCUGUUCAGGCUGUGGAUUUGGAGAUGGCUUGGGACACCCUGGCAAUGACCUGGGUCAGGGCUUCUCCGAUCCGCCUCCCCCGCCCCCUUCAUUUCCUUCCGACACCUUCAGCCAAGGCAGCCAAGGCUGCCAAGGCUGCCAAGGCUGCCAAGGCUGCCAAGGACUCCAGCCCAUGGCUGCACACGCACCUGGCGCUCCUUGCGGCUGCGGAGCGCCGUGCGGCUCCGCGCCGUGCGGUUCCUGCGGAGGGCCUUGUGGACCUUGCGGAGCAUGUGGGUCCUGCGGGUCCUGCGGGUCUUGCGGGUCCUGUUGCGGCCCCUUGCCAGGCCCAAUAGCCGCCCCCUUGAAUGCGCCACCCUUGGGCGCCGCGCCUUUGCAGCCCUUGAAUGCCCCGACGAUGGGGCAGCCCCUGCAACCACUGUUACAGCAACCCGUCCACCAACUCGCCCAACAACUGCCGCAACCGCUGCAGGCCCCACUCCACUAUCCAAGCCAUCCAAGCCCACUCCAACCACCGCCGCCACCGUCCCUUCAAUCCCUGCAGCCGAUGCCAAUUCAACAGCAACUGGUCCUUCCCGUUUCGUCACUUCAAACACAACCCCAACUCUCACAACUCUCACUUGGUCCUUACCAAAUGCCGGGCUUUGCGUGA